AGGUUGAAUUUAUAUGGAGACGGCCGAUGAAAUUUUCCAACAUAUUAUAUAUCAUUGUGAGAUUUGGUGGCGGCGCACUCAUAUUUCUCUCUGCUUCAGCAUUUAUGAGCAAACACACUUCUAAAGAGGUAUGUUUCUGUUCAUUAUUCCUCAACAUUCAAGGGUGGCCCAGUUUCUGCAUUCUUUGGGCAGUUCAACUCAUACUGCAGCUCCGAGUGUACGCUCUAUACCGCCGAUCUCUAGCGGUCCUGAUUGCGAUGGCGGUCGGAUUUACGAUUGAGGUUAUAGUCAUGUCUAUCUUUUUAGGAAUAGGCAUGGCCGAGAAUACCAAUACAAAUAGGCCGUUACCAAAUAUUAGAAUCUGUGCCGUCACGCACGCGCCGCCUGUGCUUGCUUACGUGUGGUUGCCCGAUAUUGUUUUUGGAACAUUUCUAUUCGUGCUUGCAGGAAGGAUCGGGUUCAAACGCGGUAGAUUUGGCUUCAACAUCUUCCGCAUGGAGAGAAAAGACCUUGUCGAUGCUCUCGUGUAUGGCAACCUCCAUUACUUUCUCUGCAUACUCAUUGCGAACGUUGUAAAUACGGGAAUCUGGCAAGGGCUAGGGUUUAGCUGGUUCGAAGCUCCAGAGGGGUUCGCAGCUGUCAUUGAAAUCAUCCUUGGAUGUCGGAUGGUGCUGGACCUUAAUUCAGCGGUGUCUGAUUCUGACGGCUUGCGUCUAUUGGACUCGUUCCCACUCAGAGACUCUUUCGGUGCCAGAGAGGGUCCGUCAACACUUUAUUCUGCGGUUAGCACCUAUGAUCUUGAGACUCCGCAAGGUCAAAAUCGGCUUACCCAAGAGAUUGAGUUAGCUUCUCCGACUAGUCCUGGAUCCGGGGAAAGCUCUCGCGUUCUCAUCGAGGGAGCAAACGAGUUGUGUAGCAGUCCGCUUCCUACCGUUGUUCAUUAGUGUACAAAACUGUUCUUACAGAAACCUAUCACUACACGACUACAUAAACUACAUUGAUUGUUUGGUUCAUUGCAACUGCGAGCGAAUUGAUGAGACCUUGAGGAAGCAACUACAAAGGUUAUGUAAUACACAACAAAUCAAUCUGUACCUCUCACAGCUACAGCACCUUUCUUCCACUUUUACAUCUUCCAUCUAUUGUCCUAUAAUAGGCGAUAAGCACUGUUUCAACUAUUAGGUGUUCGUAAUAACGUUCCGAGGGCGAAAUUAUUGGCAUCGUGGAUAUAGACAAUGAUUUACAGGCGAAAUAACUCAAGCCCAUCAAGCUUGUUGCUGGCGGAUGCCACCCAUCAAUUCGAGGAUGUCU